AUAUGGGCAAUUUUCGGGCGGGAACGAAGGCUCGCUACUGAUUGGUCAGCCAGUGUGACACUGACUGGUGACCCCGGAAGUGGAAGACGGUGUGGCUGGUACAGUGGAGAUGGCUACAGGAGCAGACCAAGUGGUUGGAAUGGGCCUUGUGGGCUUCAGCUUGUUGGUUUUCACGUACUACACAAUCUGGGUUAUUGUCUUGCCAUUUGUGGACAGCAGUCAUGUUCUUCACAGCUAUUUCCUGGCACGUGAGUAUGCUGUGAUCCUACCCGCUGUUGCUGGCCUGCUCUUGGUUUUAUUAGUAGGAACAUUUGUUGCUAUAGUUAUGUGGAGAAACAGAAAACCUGCGAAGAAAAUAGAUUAAGCAGGAUCCAAAUGAGAACUACAGAUUACCCCAAUGUCGACUCGUCCAGGUCAGAUAACGGCGUAAACAGAGGAUUUAAAUACAGACAGUGGAUUAACAAACCUUUCUGCUUUGAGAUGCCAUUGCACAUUGUUUUUUGACUGUCUGAUGUAUUGUAUGGGUACCUCAUUCCAUCUGUAACGGGAUUCCACCGGUGCCAGGUUUGGACACAGUGCCCCUUGUGUUAGUCUAUCAGUACUGUAAUUCCACUGUGCAAGUUGAACCUUGUGCUUGGUCUCAGAGAAACACUUAUUUUUCCAAAAAAAAAAAUCAGUCUUGUCUAGAAAUGUUUGUGUAAAAUUAGGACUCAUGCAAUAUACCUGUUUAUCAGAGAAGCUGAAUUGCUUAAUUGUAAUACACUGGAGAAGCUGACACAAAUAAUUCCUCUUAUCAAGAGAAGUUUAGCUGCCCUAACUAUCAUGGAGCUUCAGAGAGCAUUGGGGAAGGAGUUCAACACGAGCAAUACAUUCACCAAUUCCAGACCAUUUGUCAAAAUUUCUAAUGAUCUUUUUUAUUAACAUGUGCUGUGAAACUAAGUUGUUGAAGUUUUAUCACAGUGGAGUCUGCAGUAUAAUAAACACAGCAACUUCUCACAUAUUUAGGAGAGUACUUUGGAGAAUAAUGUCACAACUAUCACGUACUAUAUGUGUUGAGGCAGCUAGUUGGUGAGUGGCAGGUAUGUCCAGUAGCUGCUGUGUUAGACUGCAGACUGAAAAUUGCACCCUGAACCUCUCGUGCGGUAAAGAACGUUCAGCUGCUUGUGUGCAGAGCUGCGUGCCUGCCUGGCAAGGUUCUAAUGUUUUAAGAGCAUUAUUGGGAGCAUGUGGUUCUCACAGCAUUAUAAAGACUCUGGUUCUAAAGAAUCUGGGGGAUCCAAGAGGGUCAUUUGAGCUCUGUUUAAGCCCAGCAUCUCAUUUCUCUGGAGUUUUAUUUGAUGCAAUAAUGAGCUUUUUGCAAAAAUUUAUUCUUGGGAUGUGAGUGUCGCUGGCAAGGCCUUGAGAAGGUGCUGGUGGAACUUCUUGAACCACUGCAAUCCAUGCAGUGACGAUACUCCCAGUGCUGUUAGACAGUUCCAGGAUUUCAACACAGCAAUGAGGAAGCAAUGGUGAAUAUGUAUUCAAGUCAGGAUGGUGUGUUACUUGGGGCACUUGCCAUUGGUGGUGUUCCCACGUGCCUGCUGACCUUGUUCUUCUAGAUGGUAAAGGUCGUGAUUUGGGAGGUGCUGGCAAAGCAGCCUUAGCAAGUUGCAUCCUGUGGGUCGUGCAUCCACAAUGCACCAGUGGUGGAUGGAGUAGCUACUUAAGAUGGUGGAUGAGCUGCUGAUCAAAGCAGAAUGCUUUCUCCUAGAUUGUGUGGCUCCCUGCUGUAUUCUGCAGUCCAAUCAGGACCUUACCCUGCAGUUACACAAAUCAUCCAUGCAUCACUGGAAAGUGGAAAAUACUAUGUGUGGGAGUAUAACUGGAUCUUCCAUAUAAUCCAGCAGUGUUUUCAAAAGCAACUUGAAUUGUGGGAGCAAAUGCUGCAAAUAGAUUUGUAUGAUUUUUUUAAUUGUAAAGCACAAUUUGUAUUGUAAAUUGACCUGAUGCGAGCAAACACAAAGGAGCUGUCAGCAUAUAAAUCAACGUUUGAAGUCUCGAACAAUCCCUCCAAAAACGGGGAUUGAUAUUUACACCGAGUAUAAAAGUGAACUGUCGGCGUGGGUGCGGGUGGUCGCCAUUUUGAAAUGUCAUCAGCAUCUGACACAAAGAGUGGGCGUGUCUAAAACUCCUGCGCGUCUUCAUAACGCAGCACGUAUCGCCUGUUUGAUUCCUUGUGCCCAGCUCUAAGGUACUGGUAAGUAAGACAUGCAUUUGAGGGAUGAAAAAUUGGCCUGUCUACUAAUGCGAGUACAACAUAUCGUGGCUGAAAAGGGGGGAAAUUUAUACACCAAGUGUAUGCAAAAAUGUGAUUUUGAGCCCAGAAAAUUGGGGUCGUAUUAUACACCAGGUCAACUUAAAUGCUGUGAGUUAUGGUAUUUAAAUUUCUGUUCAGCAGUGUGUCGGAGGAGCCCUGCACUUAAAAUGCAACGUAAAACUGGAUAAAACAUGAAAUGGCUUAUAAUUAGAUUUGUGUGCUUGACAAGCCUAUUAGCAAGGAGCAAUAAAAUCAUUUCAAAGUGA